AUGUGGUCCUUCCAGUGUUUUUCUGUUCUGUGUGCAGGUGUUGCCAGUCAGGCAUGGAGGCAGUUUAGUUUUAAAACUGGAGCAUCUGUCACCAUCCCGUGUCGUUAUGAUAGGACAUAUAUACAACAUAAGAAAUACUGGUGCUAUGACGCUUCUGAAGCAUACAAUUACUGCAAAAUUCAGGCGUAUGCCAAUGAGACACAGGGGAAAGUGACAGUGACUGAUAACCCAGCUGAGAGUCUCUUUACUGUGACUAUGAAUAAUCUCCAGACAGAAAACACUGGAACGUACUGGUGUGUUGUAGAGAUAGGUGGAAUAAUGAAGGUGGAUGAUUACGAAGCCCUUCAUAUCACAGUGAAAUCAGAUCCUGAUCUGUCUGUGAUGGAGAGCAGAGUGAGUGGUGAGGAAGGAGGCAGCGUCACAGUCCAGUGUCUCUACAGCACUAAGUAUCGGAAUAAAAUGAAGCAGUGGUGCAGAUUUAUAGACAGCCGCUGCAACAAUAUGGGGAGGACUGCCACAUCCCAGAAUUCAGCAGUGCAGGUCAGUGAUGAUGGGAGAGGAUCCCUCAGUGUGCAGAUGAGUGGACUGAAGAAGAGUGAUGCUGGCUGGUACUGGUGCAGUGCAGGAGAUCUGCAGGUUCCUGUUCACAUCAGUGUCUGUGAUCCACCUCCAGUUGUGACUACAGCACUGACUACAGCAGUGACUACAGUGACUACAACCAGUGUAGCAGUGACUACAACCACUCAACAUGUCAGUACUUACACAUCUGGCUCGAAGCACAGUUCAGCAACAUCCGUGACUAGCGUCACAUCAGUUUCUAGCGGUGAUGACACCAUAAAGCCAGUGCAGUUCUGUCUUGCACAGAAUACACUCUGUGGUUUUAGACUACACUGUAAGAUUAUCAGGAAGAGGAACUGCUUGAGCUGCUACAGACACAGCGACAACUUCUCAGAGAAGCAGGACGCAAGAAAACUCUCACAUUUUAUUCAACAUCAGAACAAAUCUAACAUGAGCUGCUUUUUCAUUUUUAUUCUCUUCACUUCCAGUGUUGCCAGUCAGCCAUGGAGGCAGUUUAGUUUUAAAACUGGAGCAUCUGUCACCAUCCCGUGUCGUUAUGGUAGGACAUAUAUACAACAUAAGAAAUACUGGUGCUAUGGUGCAAUAUUCAGUUCCUGCAGAAUUCAGGCGUAUGCCAAUAAGACACAGGGGAAAGUGACAGUGACUGAUAACCCAGCUGAGAGUCUCUUUACUGUGACUAUGAAUAAUCUCCAGACAGAAAACACUGGAUGGUACUAUUGUGUUGUAGAGAUAGGUGGAAUAAUGAAGGCGGAUGAUUACGAAUCCCUUCAUAUCACAGUGAAAUCAGAUCCUGAUCUGUCUGUGAUGGAGAGCAGAGUGAGUGGUGAGGAAGGAGGCAGCGUCACAGUCCAAUGUCCCUACAGCGCUGCGUAUCAGAAUACACAGAAGCAGUGGUGCAGAUUUAUAGACAAGGUGUGCAACACAUUUAGGAGGACUGCCACAUCCCAGAAGUCAGCAGUGAACCUCAGUGAUGAUGGGAGAGGAUCCUUCAGUGUGCAGAUGAGUGGACUGAAGAAGAGUGAUGCUGGCUGGUACUGGUGCAGUGCAGGAGAUCUGCAGGUUCCUGUUCACAUCAGUGUCUGUGAUCCACCUCCAGAUGUGACUACAGCACUGACUACAGCAGUGACUACAACCACUCACCAUGUCAUUACUUACACAUCUGGCUCGAAGCACAGUUCAGCAACAUCUGUGACUAGCGGCACAUCAGUUUCUAGAGGUGGUAACACCAUUGAGCAUGAGACCCUGAUCUACUGGUACCUGGUGGCCAUUAUUUUGCUACUGGUCAUACUGGUCAUCAUCGUCUGCGUGCUAAGAAGGAAAUACACAGAGAAUCAAAUCAGGACCAGAGACAGGAGCAAUGACACCACAGUUCACACAGUUAGUACUGCAUUUGAUUUGUGGCUUAAUGCAGUCCGAAAUCAUGUUAUCUUUAUUUUAGUACCUUUAGUACCUUUUAGCACUUUUAAUGAACUGUUGUCAUCACAAUCAUCUCAUCUGUUCAGGCUGAGAGUGAGGGAUCAUACAGCUCAAUUGCUUUCAAGUCAAGAAAGAAGAAAUCAGAAGCAAGGAACCUGGAGCAGCGCACUUUUACAGCUGAAGACUCUGUUAUAUACAGCUCUGUGGCUGUUUCAAAGCCAAAGGCUUCAGCAUCAACAGAUAAUGAGCAGGACGUGACCUACAGCUUUGUAAAAAUCACUUCCAAGAAUAAAACUGUGAGUAAAUUCCUUUAAAUGAAGUGUAUUCCAGUACAAUCCAAGCUAAGAAACUAAGUGUAUAAAUCCAUAAUAACUAUUUUACUGACUAAUCAAACAGGGACUGGUUUUAUUUUGAGACUCUGAUUAGUCUUUAUUCAUAUCCUGUUCUAGAAGUCUCCAAAAGAUGUUGGUGAUGAGACAAUCUACAGCAGCAUGGUUUGCUAGUAAUAGA